AUUUUAGAUCCGUCGCUAAUGUCGAAGUACCAAAGAAUGUUUUUGUAAGAGGAUUGAUUAAAUGAGAUAUCGCAUAGAUUGCGCACGAGUUCGCAAAAUCAAUUGAAAAAUGACGGGCGAAGAAAUAAGCAGCGAGGGCAACAAGAAAUCGCAGCCUGUGUUUAAAAACCGUUUGUUUCAACAAAAAUUUCGACCGAUCAGCACGACCGGCAAGAAGCGCACUUGGCGUUCGUUGAAACAAAUUUUGGCGCAGGAGCGUUCUUUGCCAUGGCCAUCGACAGUAAAACACUACAGUUCCAUUAAUGCGCCGCCAAGUUUUAAACCCGCCAAGAAAUACUCCGACAUUUCCGGAUUGCCGGCACGAUACACGGAUCCGCAGACAAAAUUAUAUUACGCAACCGCCGAGGAGUUUGCCACAGUUCGUAGUUUACCAAUGGAUAUAACAGCUGGAUAUUUGGCUUUACGCGGAGCAUCCAGCAUUGUUGGUUAAACUAAUAGCAUAUAUAUAUAUAUAUAUAUAUUACUUAAUAUUACAUGUAUAUAUAAUUUAUAGAACUGUACGCAAUUAUUUAUUUACAUUGUACGAAUCGUGUGUAUUGCAUAUUGAUGAUACUUCAAUUUAUUCACACAUUCACACACUUUUAAUGUAAUAAAAGAUUUCAUUUAAAGACAACGAGGAAAUAUUCCGGAACCAGAGAGAAUAACACGGAACGAUUCAUUGACGAGAGAGAGUGGAAGUAAAGAAUCGACAACCAACUUUACCUCACGGACAAAGAAUUUUGUCAUGUGUCCGCUAAUAACAUAGUCCUCUUUUUCCUAGGAUUCUAAAAUGAACAAUUCCAUGAACAAUUUUGUUAUUUCGACAGUUUUCUUAUCCUCUUUUUAUUACUUUACACAAUACAUUAUUAAAAAAGCUUUUAUUUCUCAUUAUAACUUAUAUAUGUAUAUAUAAGCUACAGGCUAACAGGGGAGGCGGAAAAGGUGUGAAGAAGUUUUCGAGACCUAUGUUACUGUUUGUUUGACUGUUAUCAGAUUGUAUCUUUACAUUUUGUUUCUGUUUUUUUUUUUUCAAAUUCAUUUUGCGCAUCCAGUUUGCUACUUGCAACAAGAUCCUGUUUAGCAAAUUUGCAAUUAAUA